GGCUUCGGGUGUGCCGGCGCCGGCCGCAGUUGAACAGGCAAAAUGGACUUCUCCAAGCUACCCAAAAUCCGUGAUGAGGACAGAGAGGCUUUUGUUGGCUAUGUCCAUGGAGUCUCGGGACCUGUGGUCACAGCGUGCAACAUGGCAGGUGCUGCUAUGUACGAGCUGGUGCGAGUAGGUCACAGUGAACUGGUGGGGGAGAUUAUCCGACUGGAAGGUGAUUUGGCAACUGUUCAGGUGUACGAAGAAACAUCUGGUGUCUCUGUAGGAGAUCCUGUACUCCGCACUGGCAAACCCCUGUCAGUGGAACUAGGGCCUGGCAUUAUGGGAGCUAUUUUUGAUGGUAUCCAGAGGCCUCUCUCUGACAUCAGCACUCUGACCAAAAGUAUCUAUAUCCCUAGAGGUGUCAACGUGUCAGCUUUGAGCCGAGAUGUCAAAUGGGACUUCACGCCUUCCAAAAAUCUGCGGGUUGGCAGCCACAUCACUGGUGGGGAUAUUUAUGGUGUGGUGAAUGAAAACUCUCUUAUCAGACACAAAAUCAUGCUGCCCCCACGGAACAGGGGUACAGUUACAUACAUUGCUCCGCCGGGAAACUAUGACACUUCAGAUGUUGUCUUAGAGCUGGAGUUUGAAGGUGUGAAGGAGAAGUUCACUAUGGUCCAGGUCUGGCCUGUACGUCAAGUCCGUCCCGUUACUGAGAAGCUACCAGCCAAUCAUCCUUUAUUAACUGGCCAACGGGUCCUGGAUGCCCUCUUCCCGUGUGUACAAGGGGGUACAACAGCGAUUCCCGGGGCAUUCGGUUGUGGGAAGACUGUGAUCUCGCAGUCUCUCUCAAAAUACUCCAACAGUGAUGUCAUCAUUUAUGUAGGCUGUGGAGAACGAGGAAAUGAAAUGUCAGAAGUACUGAGAGAUUUCCCUGAGUUAACAAUGGAAGUUGAUGGCAAGGUAGAAAGCAUCAUGAAGAGAACAGCUCUGGUAGCAAAUACCUCCAACAUGCCUGUGGCUGCCAGAGAAGCCUCUAUCUAUACUGGAAUCACCCUGUCUGAAUAUUUCCGGGACAUGGGCUACCAUGUCAGUAUGAUGGCAGACUCUACUUCCAGAUGGGCUGAGGCCCUCAGAGAAAUUUCAGGGAGACUGGCUGAAAUGCCAGCUGACAGUGGUUAUCCAGCCUACCUCGGUGCCCGUCUAGCCUCUUUCUAUGAGCGAGCUGGCAGAGUGAAGUGUCUGGGAAAUCCUGAAAGGGAAGGCAGCGUCAGCAUUGUUGGAGCUGUGUCUCCCCCAGGUGGCGACUUCUCCGAUCCUGUCACAUCUGCUACUCUGGGCAUUGUUCAGGUUUUCUGGGGCCUGGAUAAGAAGCUGGCACAACGCAAGCACUUCCCCUCUGUCAACUGGCUGAUCAGUUACAGCAAAUACACGCGUGCCCUGGACGAGUACUACGACAAGCAUUACACAGAGUUUGUCCCUCUCAGGACAAAGGCCAAAGAGAUCCUACAGGAGGAAGAGGACCUUGCAGAGAUUGUGCAGCUUGUGGGGAAGGCUUCCUUGGCAGAAACAGAUAAAAUUACCUUGGAGGUUGCCAAGCUGAUAAAAGACGACUUCUUGCAACAGAAUGGUUAUACGCCUUAUGACAGGUUCUGCCCUUUCUAUAAAACAGUGGGAAUGCUUUCCAAUAUGAUUGCGUUUUAUGACAUGGCGCGCCGUGCUGUUGAAACCACAGCCCAGAGUGACAAUAAGAUCACGUGGUCCAUCAUCCGAGAGAACAUGAGCGAAAUCCUCUACAGACUUACCUCCAUGAAAUUCAAGGACCCUGUCAAAGAUGGUGAAACAAAAAUCAAGGCGGACUAUGCUCAGCUGUUUGAGGAUAUGCAGAAUGCAUUUCGCAGUCUGGAAGACUAGACUCGACCUCUGCAACCACUCCAGUUUGCCCUCUCAAUUCCUCAUCUCAACUCCUCUGCUUCCCUACCUUACAAGAAUGAUGCAACAGUACUUGAGUUGAUAAAUAGCCCUAUGUUUUCCCUAUUCAUACUCGGAGAGCGUCCUUACAAAACAUUCCUCUUAGUUUGUGUUUGUCAUCGCUUUGUGUGUCUGAAAUGGCGAGUGAUGUGUGAAUGGGCCUGGCUGAGUGAGGAAAUGCUGUUGUACACUUCUAGGGUGGGAAAAAUUUCACCUUGCCUCUCCCAGCUCUCUUGGUAACCAGUCUUUCACCUUGGGAUUAACCAGUUGGGCUGUACUGGCAGAGGAGGUAUAGAUCUUAAUGCAUUCAGGUGGUACGUUCGGAACUGGCAGUGGUAAGGGCAUUUACAUCUGGCACUUUGCUAAGUGACUAUCAUGACGUAGAACUCCCUAUUGUCAAAAUUCUGAUGACAUGUUGAUACAACCAAAAAUCCUUCACUACUGCAUCCUGUCUGCAACCCUCAGCUGAGUCUGUCGGUAUUGAAAUGUGGUAGUUCUGGAUCUCUCCGAGAAGAUGAGCACGUACAAGCAGCCAGUAUGCUUUUGUACACUGGACAAAUUAUUUUCCUACUUAAUACAGAUAGGACUGUUGGACUCAGCGUCAGCUAAAAUCAAAGCCAUUAGGUGCUCAGCUUCUAGCAGAAUUUUACCUUCUUGCCUCCUACUCACCCCAUAAUUUCACGACACUCAGCUGCUUUAGCUUGUGAAGCUUGUGGCUGCUGCUGCGAACUGCAGGGCACACACAGCAAGUUAUGGCAAUGCCAUGAGUG